AUGGAAAAGACGAACGGUACCGGCGGUGAUGCUGCCGUUCUGCAAGAGAUCCUAGCCGGUCUCAAAACCAUCCAGCAAGAGAACACUCAUCUUGCUGCUGCUGUUGAUGCCAUCAACGGCCGAGUCAAUAUUCUUGCUGGGGUCAAGCAAGUGAAAGACUUGACUGUUGAUCCUACUGCUGUUGAACACAACAAGCAGCAUCAGGCAGACCCUGUUGUUCGUACUGAUCCCGAGAGUACACCUUCAAGUCCCAAUCUGCCGACUGUGCCAGAUACUGGUCGUAGAUCGAGUAUGACCUCCAAGAUCAUCCUUACCUCGUACCCAGGUCAGGCCGGUGUUGAUCCUCUGCCUAUGGAUUGGGGCAACAAGGACCCAUCCCUUCGAGGUCCCGUGGUUGUUUCAAGAAACCCAAGCUCAAUUCGAAGACGUAAUGCUAUUGGCGCACACGGCGGUUCCUACGCUAUAUAUAAUGCCCUCGCCGUAGCGAGCAAGAACCUCAAUACUGAUCACCGACCGGACUUCACCAACACUGAGCCAGCAGCCAAUAUUGGACCUUUCCCUCAGUGGUCCGAUCCCAAGAAGAUUGUUGCUAUGGAUCCGCUAGGGCAUCUUUCCCCUUGGCUGUUCAAGGAUAUCAUCCAAAACGAAGACGUCGACGUCAGACCAACCAUCGCCAUCACAAAAGCACAUAUGAAGGUUCCCGAACUUGAAGAGAGUGUUAAAGCGGGUAGAUUAGUACCAGAUGGCAAGAUAUGUCUCAACGCAUCAGGCGAACUUGCAGUGACGAAGUUUGCUGUGGAGCCAGUUUGGUACCUGCCUGGAGUCGCAGAACGAUUUGGUAUUGACGAAGGAACUCUCAGACGUUCUCUGUUCGAGCACACUGGGGGUUCAUACCCUGAGCUCAUCACGCGAGGGGACAUCAAGACCUUCUUGCCUCCAAUUGGAGGACUGACUGUGUACUGCUUCGGUGAUCCUGCAAAGAUGUCCGAUCCCAACGUCAAGCUUGCUCUACGUAUUCACGACGAAUGCAAUGGCUCAGACGUAUUCGGCUCAGACAUCUGUACAUGCCGACCUUAUCUGACGUUUGGUAUCGAGGAAGCAGUCAAAGAGGCUCAAAAGGGCGGUUCAGGAGUUGUCAUAUAUUUCCGUAAGGAAGGCAGGGCUCUAGGAGAGGUCACAAAAUACCUUGUAUACAACGCAAGAAAACGUGGCGCCGACCGUGCAAGCGAAUACUUCAAACGUACAGAAAACAUCGCCGGAGUCAAGGACAUGCGCUUCCAGGCGCUCAUGCCAGAUAUCUUACAUUGGCUUGGAAUCACCAAAAUUGAUCGAAUGUUGAGCAUGUCAAAUAUGAAACACGAUGCCAUCGUUGAACAGGGCAUUCCGAUUCACGAGCGAGUCGAGCUGCCUGACGAAAUGAUCCCCGCCGACAGCAGAGUAGAGAUUGAUGCCAAGAUAGCUGCAGGCUAUUUCACCAACGGCAGCGUGAUGACGAUGGACGAGCUGUCGAACGUUCAAGGUCGCGCUUGGGAGGAUGUCGAUCACUGA